UAUGGUAUUCUGUGGUAUUGUAUGAUCUAGGUAAGGACCGAAGGUCGACGGCGGACGGAACGGAACUGCGGAACACUGUCUACACUAGUACACUAAACUGACUACUGAGUUGCAAGGUAUUGUGCAAAUAUUCUUCAAUAUUUGUAUGUUUUGUCGUAAGUCAAUAGUUUAACAUUAUUCAAGUUUAAUAGAAAUCAUUUUUUUCACGAUAAACGAUCAAAUCUUGUCAGGUAAAUGGCAUUCAGUCGUGCAUGGUACCACUUCAAACGUAAUUUUUUAUCUGUAACAUUUCCCAUUAUUUCGUUUUCUGCAAUCUACGCUGAUUACAAUCGAACAUUAAAUUGGAAAAAAAUACAAAAUCAAAAAGUUUAAAGAAUAUUUUACAAUGGCAGCUAGACAUGCAUUAUUUGGAUUAACCUGGGACUAUUUCGCAUUGGCUAUCCCACUAACUGCUGGUGCCUUAUUUGGCAAAUUUUUAGAUGACAAAGAAACAGAAAGGAUGUCACUUUUUAGAGAUAGAAGUGCUUUAUAUGGAGGAAUGGUUAAGAAAGGCGAAAAACCAUCUUGGCCAUAAGUGUGUCUUAUUUGAGAUGGUACUAUUAGUAUGAAAAAUUGUAAUAUUAUUUAAAAUCUCAUAAUAAAUUAAAUUAUGCUAAUGAUUA